ACGCAGCAUGCAGCACAGUCUUUAACACCUGUGUAACUCCAGUCGUUAAAAAACUCCAUAUCAUUGUCAUUAAAACAUCAAUUCCCAGGGUUCAUUGCGCGCGUGUUCAUGUCAUUCUCUGUGGUCGUGGUAACCGAAGGCUCGCUGGGAACUAGAGUCUCGUCUCCGCAUCUCCCAUUUUCCACAGGUUUCGCGAGAUUUACAUAGGCGGGCUGGUGUGUGGCAGCAUUUCUCUGCCAGACGAACUGAACAAUACUGAUAUGAAAUCUGCGUAAAGUAGCCUUUGAAUUUCUGGAGGCAUGUCCAAGAAAAGGGGCAGAAAGCGGAGUAGGGGGGAGCUGAGUGACACAUUGACCCCGGAUCCCAACAGCAUUCUGGGAGUCCGCAUUCAGCAUAACUGGCGUGAGAAGGGGAACCAGAGCAAAUGGAAGGGAACAGUACUCGACAGGCUUAGUGUGAACACUUCUCUCUUCAUGGUGAAGUAUGACGGCUUUGACUGCGUCUAUGGCAUCGAGCUGUUCAAGGACGAGAGAGUGUCGAACCUGCACGUCCUGUCAGAAAAAGUUGUAAACAACAAGAUCAAGAUGCCUCCAGGGGCGGAGGAGCUGGUGGGCAAAGCUGUGGAGCAUCUGUUUGAAAAGGAGGAUGGAGAGAAGAACGAAUGGAGAGGCAUGGUCCUCUCCAGAGCUCCAAUCAUGACCAACUGGUAUUAUAUCACUUAUGAAAAGGACCCCGUACUAUAUAUGUACCAGCUGUGGGACGACUAUGCUGACGGAGACCUCAGGAUUCUGCCUGAAGCAGAAAACAAACACCUGUUGCCUGCAGACAGGAAGCCAGGUGAAGAGACGGAGAGUCUGGUGGGGAAACAGGUGGAGUAUGUUACUGACAAGGGUGUGAAGAGAACAGGCCUUGUCAUCUACCAGGUCCCAGCCAAGCCCUCUGUCUACUAUAUUAAAUAUGAUGAUGACUUUCAUAUCCAUGUCUAUGACCUGGUGAAAACCACCUAGACAUAGUGGACACUUUAUCUCACUCUCCAGCCUCCCUCCAUCUGCUUCUGUUCCACUCAUCGUUAUGAUCUGUUAUCCAAAGCCAUGGCAGGAUCCAAUAGUUAAGAUGCUUUAUUGUUCAGAAGAAAGUGCAAUCUGUCUUUCAUAUGCACAGCAGAACUGUAGCACCGCUAUGCUUGGCUGUUUCGAGGAGAUGGAGUCAACUUGUUUUAUUGUUGCUGCUCUACUUUAUACUUUAAGUUUGGACAGUCCAAGACUGCACUGCCCAACAGCUGCAAAGAGGGCAGCUGUUACUGCAUUUGUAUCGUUGUCCUUGAGAUAUUUGCUGAUCUUUCCCGAGAGUAAUUAUCUUAAUUUAAUCCAAGUAUGACUAAAAAGCUGCUCAAAAUAUUCUUUUGAAGACACUUUUCUUUGGGUCAUCUAAAUAGCUAGUAAGCAUGAUAUACACAUUAUGUUUGGGAUAUACAUUUAUUGAAUUAAAUGGGUGGAUACAUUUGUGUAUUAUAUUUAUCGAACCAUAUUAUCAAAUUUAGUGUUAGUACUGGAAGGAAUGAAUAAAAGCAGGAUUGUAAAGUCACCUGCAUGGGGUCCUUAUAUUUACAAAAGCCUUUUAGAUUAAUUAUGCUUACGUGGAAAGAUACUCCUGCACCUUUGCACCAUAUUUAGCAUUGAAUCAGAUCCUUUGCACUGGUGAUGAAGACGCGGUUUGCUAAAUUCACAUUUAAAUUUGAUCCCACACAAAUCAUAAAGUGCCUUCCGGCUUGUCAUUUUGCAAUAUUGUAAAUACUAUAUCUCCGACCAUCUACGCUCUUAUUGAACCAUUGCGUAUGAAGGCUGCUAUUUGGUUUUCAUUCAGAAGUGGGGACACUGACAGCUUGAGGAAAGUUUUGCAACCAUCAUGUUAAUAUUAGUGCUGUGUUUUGCUCUUAAUGCAGUAUGGAAAUGUUCUUUAAAUAUUACACACAUCAUUGGUUGUAUAAGCUCACUGUUGAUAUUGUGGGGAGCACUUUAUUGUAUAAAGUUUACAUGUUUAGGUUAUGGUACGCUAUAGUUUCCCUCAAAAAUGCUUUUUCCUUAAGAGCAAAUGUGGCAGAAUAAAUGCUUUAUAUCAUACGCAUGAAGAAAAGAAGAAAAAAAAACUUGUUGCAAUACAUUCAGACAGUAUUUAAUAUGUACAACUUGUGUAAAAUGCCUUGUAAUGUUGCCUGUUGUGAUAACUCAUUUAUACAAAUUUCUCAUCAAAAACCACCAGCUUUUAGUGAAAGGGUUGUUUAUUUACAUUAUUACUUAAUAUUUAACAGGUAUAAUCAACUGACAAACCAGUUUGUUGACAGUAACUCACUAACUCUGGUUCUAGUCUUUAUAGCUUCGUCUCUUUUUCUUGCAAACAUGACAUGUAUGCCUGCAGUAUUUGUUUCAUCCCAACUGUUUCACUAGCUGCUGAAUUGGUCGUUGUCCUUUCAUUCAUCUUCAAGUCACUCAGUGUAUCCCUCAGUAAACUAGUCAAUCAGUAGUUAUACUGUUGCUGUUCUUUUUAGCUGUCAAAACUCUGCAUGCAUGAUCUGAUCAGUGUCUGGAGAUAUUCAAACCUUAUUUUGACAGUAGAGAAGUGACAGUGUGUGGCAGAAUCUGUUAGUUUAACCUACAUUUAAAAACAAAAAAAGAUUUAAAAACAAAUAAAUCACUGUACAUCACCACUAGUGGUGCUGUGUUGUGUUUCUGUGUUGUGUAGAGUGGAGUUACAAAUGACUGUGCGCGCUCUUCUUCAUGCUUUAAAUCACCUCAUGUUCUGAAGUUGUAGCAGCAUCAACGGGCAAUUUGUGUCAUUAUUCUGUCAUGAGUAAUAAAGAUUUUUGCACAUUU